AUGGCGAGUCUGCUGCUGCGCCUGUUCAACAGCGACUACUUUUCGCCGCACUUGGCGCUCUCUUACUUGCGGACGUAUUCAGACCAUGUCGGGAUUACCUACUACCUCAUCUCGAAGCUGUGCACCGACUUUACCCCAGAAGAGGUGGAAUUCUACUGGCCCCAGUACUGUCAUUUGCUCGUAACCAAGCCGAGCGAGUCGCGCGCACUCGAGUGCUUUAUUCUGCGCCGCUGCGAGGAGGACGUGCACACGGCGCUCAUCACGCUGUGGUACAUCCAGGCACAGCUCGCGGACCUCGCCUCGGAGCCGACCUCGCCGGCGUUUCGGACGUGCCAGCGCGUGUACAACCGGUGCCAGCGCAUCCUGUUUGAGGAUCCAGAGCCGGUCGGGCGCCCGCCCCGCUCGCUCCUCCAAAAGUUCCUUCCUGUGUUCGAGACACGCAAAAAGGUGCUGCCCAACAAUGCACGCAGCUGUCUUGUUGGGAUCGGCGCCGGACUCGCGGGCAUCGGGUGCCCAGAGCUCGCAGCAUACGGGGGGGGGGUCGCCUUGCAGCAGGGCCGACGGCCGCACGAGAGCGACGCGAAGCCGACGCCCGCCGACGACGACGAUGGCCCACAAGAGCCCAUGGCACUGCCGGUGCCUACCGAGGCCCCGCAAGAGCCCAAGCCCAAGCCCAAGCCCAAGCGGUCCGAGCCGGAUCCGAUCCGCGACGCGUUCGGCCAGAACGAAGAGGCGCAGCUCGCGAUGCGCCUUUCGCGCAUCAGCUCUGCGUCCGUCCCGGAGCUGAGCGCGCACGCCGACGCGCCCCGCGCCAUUGCGUCGACGAACGACGUGGGGGCGAGCGAUGCGAGGCUCGAUGCAAGCAGCUAUAGCGCCGCGGCCAAGCGGCAGUACCUGCGCUCGCACUAUGGGCGCACCGCGACGCAGUUCCUCCAGGCCCUGCAGGACAUUGCCGCGCGCCUGCAGCCGUUGCCGAAGCUCGCGCGCCUGUCGGCACUGCGCGCCGAGCUCACCGCGCUGAACCACACGCUGCCGACCGAAGUGUGCUUCCCGACGUGGUGCAGCGGCACGGCCGACGACCAUGCCGGGCACGCGGAGCGCCACCACCGCGUCGUGCGCAUCAGUGCGAGCGAGGCCGUGGUGCUCAACUCGGCGGACCGCGUGCCGUACCUCUUGCACGUCGAGGUGCUGCGCAACGACCUCGACUUUGACCCCGAGCGCCGCUACAACCGCGAACUGCUCCAGCGCCUCCUCGGCCUCAAGUCGAGCAGUACACCGAUCGCGCCGCUGUUCCUCGCGCAGGCCGAGGCGUCGUCGGCGCCGGAUACCCCCGACAUGCGCCCCGCGACGCCACUCACGCCGCAGCCGCGGCCGGAGGAGAUGGACCUGACCGAGCAAAUGUACGGCUCGGACCUCGCGGCGUUUGGCGCGGAGCGCGACGAGGACGGGGGCAUCGGUGAAAAGAACCACACGCUCGACUCGGCCGCGUGGGCGCACAGCGCGAGCGAAAGCACACCGGCGACGCGCGGCGAUUUUACCCUCGAGGAGUAUGCGCAGCGCAUGCGCACCGCCGCCGUGAUGCUUGCGCAGCUCAACAGCAACGCGAACACGAGCCAGAACGUCAUGACACACACGCCCGCGACGCCCGCGCCGCAGAGCUGGAGCAGCUGGAUCGUCGGGACGCCCGCGCCGGAGCCCGAGGCGCCCGCGCCGGCCGCGACGCCGAGCGCGACCAAGGUGUACUCGGCAGACACGGAAAAGAUCCGGCAGCGUAUCAUGGACGAGAUGGCGGCGCUCGAGGAACAGCGCAUGGAGCGCAUGAAAAAGGGCGGACAGUUCUUUGGCCGCCAGAAGCCGAACCAGCUCGCGGCCGAAGACGAGACCGCGGUGCUGCGCGCAGUCAACAAGGACGAUCCCUCCGCGGCGUACUUCCGCGAGUCGUGGACCGCCAAGCGCGAGCGCAUCCGCGCCUCGUCGCCGUACGGCCACCUGCCGACCUGGGACCUGUUCUCGGUGAUUGUCAAGACCGGCGCAGACCUGCGCCAAGAGCAGUUUGCCGUGCAGCUCAUCAACGAGUUCCGCCGCGUCUGGCAGGACUGCGGCUCGCGCUGCUGGGUCCACUACUUUAGGAUUGUCGUCCUGAACGAGGACGCGGGCCUGAUCGAGACGAUCACCGACGCGAUUUCCAUCCACUCGAUCAAGAAGGACGCGUACGCGCGUCAGAUGGACGGCAACCCGAUCGCCACCUACUCGCUCUACGACCACUUUGUCCAGACCUUUGGCGAGCCGCACUCGCAGCGCUUCCGGCGCGCGCGCCGCCACUUUACCGAGUCGCUCGCGGGCUAUGCCAUCGCGUCGUACCUCCUCCAGAUCAAGGACCGCCACAAUGGCAAUAUCCUCGUCGACACCGAGGGACACCUCAUCCACAUCGACUUUGGCUUCAUGCUCGGCAUCUCCCCGGGCGGCGUCGGCUUUGAAGCCGCGCCGUUCAAGCUGCCACGUGACUAUAUCGAGAUCCUCGGCGGGAUGGACUCGGAGGGCUUCCAGGAGUUCAAGAUGCUCAUGCGCCAGGGAUUCCGCGACGUGCGCAAGCACGCCGAGCGCUUCAUCAUGCUUGUUGAGCUGAUGCAGAAGGAGUCGAAUUUGCCGUGCUUUGCGCUCGGCGACAUGGCGACCGCCAACCUGCGCGACCGCUUCCAGCUGACGCUCACCGCGACCCAAUGCGACGAAUUUGUCGACCGCCUGAUCCUCAGCUCGGCGGGCAGCGCGUUUACGCGCUUGUACGACCAAUACCAAAAUUUCACGCAGAAUAUCCUAUAA